AUGGAAAGCAGUAGACAACAAUACAUAAUAGAAAAACAAAAUGAACUAAAAGAAAAACUAAAACACUUCAACAAAUGCAGGAAAACAUGGAGUAGAAUUGAUUAUGUUUUCAAAACAUUAAACACAGUUGUAACAGUAGGGAUAACAGUGGCAACAGCCGUAACCGGUGGAUUGAUGCUUCCAAUAAUUGUUCCAACUGUAUUAGCAGCCUUCACUGCUGUUCAAACUUCAUCUUGUGGAUUGAUUAUAUUAGGUUAUACAUCAAAACAGAAAUCUGAUUAUAAAAAGAAAACCGAAAUUUUAGAUACAUAUCUUAAUAAAUUAUUUAUAUUUUUUGAAAGAUCAAGAGAAGAUAAGAACAUAACCAUUGAAGAAUUAGAAGAAUUUAAUGAAAUUUUAGAUAAAUUUGAUGUAGAAAUAUCAUCUGUAAAAGUUAAAAAUUCCUAG